AUGACUCCUCCGGGUUCGGUACGGCUAAUUGGCCAGAACGGCACCAUCAUCUCCUACCCAAAGCCAACAGACGAUUACGAUGAUCCUCUCAACUGGUCUCUCCGCCGCAAAUCCAUCCACUUUGGCGUCAUCCUCGUCUACAUCAGCGUCACCUUUGCCUCUGUCGACCUCAGCCUCCUGCGACUGCGCGAUAUGCGGCUCGCCGCCGACCUUGGCAUGGACGUGCCGCAGCUCGCCAUCUCCGCCUCGUUCCGCUACAUUGGCAUGGCCCUCGCCGCCAUCGUCUCCGUCCCGCUCGCCUACAAGUACGGCCGGCGCCCUGCGUACCUGGCCUCGCUGCUCGUCCAGCUCUCCGCCGCCGUCUGGAUGGCCCUCGUCCGCCGGCCCUGGGAGUACCGCGCCGCCAACUGCCUCGGCGGCGCCGGCGCCGUCGUCGCCCAGGCCCUCGUCCCCAUGACCAUUACCGACCUCUUCUUUAUCCACCAGUUUGCCACCGUCUACGGUCUCGCCGUCUUCGCGCAAGGGCUAGGGUGCUUCAUCGGCCCCAUACUCGCCGCCGAGAUUGUCUCCAGCCAGGACCAGGACUGGCGCUGGAUGCCCUGGGCCAUGGCCGUCGCCUUUGGCGCCACCGCCGUCCUCGUCCUGCUCGGCGCCGAAGAGUCCACCUUUGUCCCGAAUAUCGACAACCUGGUCGCCGCCAAGACGCGCGAGGCCGAGGAGCGCAUCAACAAUGACACCUUUUACAACCGUCGAGUCUCGUGCGCCCUCGACGACGAAGACGACCUCCGCAACACCAUGUCUCCCGAGGACUAUGAUAUGAUGGACCUGGUCAACAUCAACCGCGCCGCCGGCAGCCCCGCGGUCCCCGAUCUCCCGCCCGGUCCCCGACCCCUCCGCCAGCGCUUCGCCUUUGUCACCCCGACCGGCCGGCCCAUCCGCCGCCGCUUUCUGUCCGCCUUUGUCAUUCUCGCCACCUUUCCCGGCGUCAUCUACGCCGCCCUCACCUACGGCUUCCUCAUGGCUUGGCUCUCGCUCUUUAUCCAGGUCGUGCAGACCCAGAUGACGCAGCCGCCGUACGACCUGGACCGCCGCGGGCUCGCACUGCUCGACCUGGCCCCGCUGCUCGGCCACGUUCUCGGUAGUCUCGUGGUGCCGCCGCUCAGCGACUACUGGAUCGUGGCCAGGGCGCGGCGCAGCGGCGGCGUCUACGAGCCCGAGUCGCGGCUCUGGUUUGCGCUCGGCGGUGGUGUCUUUGUCGCCGCGGGAAUUUUGAUGUUUGGCAUUGGCAUCGAACGGAAAGCACCAAUUUCGAUCUUGCUCACCAGCUAUAUUCUCUUCUCCUUUGGAUACGGCAUUUGUCAAGAGACCAGUCUCACCUACAUCACCGACUGCUACCACAACAUGAUUGGCGAUGCCAUGGUCGGCGUCGUCUUCUUCCGCAACGCCCUCGCCGUCAUCCUCUGGUUCGGCAUCAUGCCCCAGGUCGGCCCCUCAGGCGUCAACUCCGCCUUCGUCUUCAUGUCCAUUGCCGCGUCUGUCGUGGUGCUGAUUCCCCUACCGUUGAUCAUAUGGGGCCGCAAGGGCCGCGCGCUCACGGCGCGCAAGUACAGAGAGUACUCGCUCGCCGCGACGCCGCCGACGACGCUCAAGAAGAUUAUGGGGGACAGCUGA